AUGGAUGUGGCCAAUAAGUCUACUGUCAGUGAAUUUUUUUUGCUGGGGCUUUCUGAUUCCUGGGAACUACAGAUGUUUUUCUUUAUGGUGUUUUCAUUGUUUUAUGUGGCGACAAUGGUGGGUAAUGGCCUCAUAGUCAUCACAGUCAUGGCUGACUCUCACCUGCAUGCUCCUAUGUAUUUCCUGCUCACCAACCUUUCCAUCAUUGAUAUGUCUCUUGCUUCCUUUGCCACCCCCAAGAUGAUUACAGACUACUUAACUGGUCAGAAAACCAUCUCUUUCAAUGGUUGCAUUACCCAGAUAUUUUUUCUGCACCUUUUCACUGGCACAGAGAUUAUCUUACUCAUGGCUAUGUCCUUUGACAGAUACAUUGCAAUCUGCAAGCCCCUGCACUAUGCUUCUAUCAUUAGUCCGCAGGUGUGUAUUGCACUUGUAGUAGCUUCCUGGACUGUGGGAAUUAUGCAUUCAAUGAGCCAGGUCAUAUUUGCCCUCACGUUACCAUUCUGUGGACCCAAUAAAGUAGACAGUUUUUUCUGUGAUCUUCCUGUGGUAUUCCAACUGGCUUGUGUGGACACUUAUGUUUUGGGCCUCUUUAUGAUCUCAACAAGUGGCAUAAUUGCUUUGUCCUGCUUUAUUCUCUUAUUCAAUUCAUAUGUUAUUGUCCUGGUUACUAUCAAGCAUUACUAUUCCAGAGGAUCAUCAAAGGCUCUUUCUACCUGCACAGCUCAUUUCAUUGUUGUCUUCCUGUUCUUUGGGCCAUGCAUCUUCAUCUACAUGUGGCCACUGAGCAACUUUCUAGUAGACAAGAUCCUGUCUGUGUUUUAUACCAUCUUUACUCCCAUUUUGAACCCAGUAAUCUAUACCUUGAGGAAUCAAGAAGUAAAGACAGCCACGAGGAAACUGAAGAGCAGGUUUCUAAAUUUUAACAAGGCAUCACCUUCUUGUUAUUUUUAG